CUUCCCAAGGGUUUUAAAUCACAGGUCAAGAACAAUCUGAACCCAACCAUGGCGGCUGCAGUAGAGUCCGUGCAGUGCUUUGGCAGGAAGAAGACAGCUGUCGCCGUGACCCAUUGCAAGCGAGGACGCGGCCUCAUCAAGAUCAAUGGAUGCCCGAUCGAGCUGGUGGAGCCGGAGAUCCUCCGCUUCAAGGCCUAUGAGCCGAUCCUGCUACUCGGACGGCAUCGUUUUGCAGGAGUAGACAUGAGGAUCCGUGUCAACGGAGGUGGUCAAACCUCUCAGAUCUACGCGAUCCGUCAGAGCAUCGCAAGGGCUUUGGUAGCAUUCUAUCAGAAGUACGUAGACGAGCAGAGCAAGAAGGAAAUCAAGGACAUAUUGGGCAGGUAUGACAGGACCCUACUCGCCUCUGACCCAAGACGGUGCGAGCCAAAGAAGUUCGGAGGUCGUGGCGCCAGGGCCAGAUUCCAGAAAUCUUACCGUUAGAGAGGGACUUGAGAGGUUUUGUCAUGUUUCAUUGGUUUAGAUCGUUCGGUUGUUUGCCUAAGAUGUUGUGAUCAAAGACUUUUGUUUCAUUCCGAUUGUAGUUAGGGUUUUUUGGUUAUGAACUCUGUUGUGGAUGAUGGAUUUGAUGUUUCAAAUGAAUGUUAAUUUCAUUUGAUUUGAUUAAGGUUAAUUGGGCAUUAGCUAAUUUGAUUAAAGAUUUUCUA